CGCCUCGCCUCGCGGGGACGUGGUGCUGAGUGAGUGCGCGUGCAGAGACCAUGUCCGCCGUCGCACCGGGACCCGGCGCUGCUCUCCGUCUCCGAAGCGUCUCCGUGAGUUACGGCGGCCUCAGCAUGGCCGGCUCGGGUGCUGUUCAGGUCAAACUGGAACUUGGUCAUCGAGCCCAGGUGAGAAAGAAGCCCACUGUGGAAGGGUUCACGCACGACUGGAUGGUGUUUGUUCGAGGCCCAGAACACAGCAGCAUCCAGCACUUUGUGGACAAAGUUGUCUUUCACCUGCACGAAAGUUUCCCAAAACCCAAAAGAGUGAUCAAGGAUCCACCGUACAAAGUGGAGGAGUCUGGAUACGCAGGAUUCAUUUUGCCCAUUGAGGUUUACUUCAAAAACAAGGAAGAACCGAAGAAAGUUCGCUUUGAUUACGACCUGUUCCUUCACCUGGAAGGCCAUCCACCCGUCAACCAUCUACGCUGUGAGAAGCUGACCUUCAACAACCCCACCGAGGAGUUCCGUAAGAAGCUGCUGAAAGCCGGAGGGCAGCGGGAUCCUCACAAACGAAGUUCAGACGACUCCAAAGUGAUGGUGAUGCAGGAAGGCUCCACCUCUCUGUUCGGACAACACCUGAAGCUUCCCACGCUUCCCACCACGCCGCUGACCUCCAACUUCUCUGACCCAAAGAAGACCAAAAGCAUCCACGGGUCAAAGGAUGGCACCAAAGUAAGUAGUACCGCCCUCCUUACCACCACCACCACCACAACCACCAGCACAAACAGCAGCAGCUUCUCCAAACUCCACAAACCUUCUAAGGACCACAAAGACAAGACUGCAAAAGACAGCAAAGAGUCCAAAAGUGCCUUCAGAGACUGUGGUUGGGAACCCAGCAAAGCCUCCAAAGAACCCUCCAGGAAACCCAAAGAGAACCUGCCACUUAAGACGGGCUUCAAGGAACCCAAGUCCUUGUCUAAGGAGCAAAGGACUGACGGGCUUUCUCAUGGGACAGCGCAGAACAAGCGUCUGUCCGCUCCCGGUGGUGAUGAUCAUGUGACCAAAAAACGGAGACGGGGAUUUACAGAUUCUUCAGGGAAACAGUCUGCGGGGUUAAGUGCUCAACAUUCGGAAAAAAAGCUGUUGGACAGGUCGCAGAUACGAACCAGUAAAUCCCAACCAGAAGGGGAGGAGUCUGAACGUAGGAAGAUGUCAGCUCCGCCUCCAUUCCAGGAACUGGUGGAUCCCAAUGACUCUGACAUGGAGGACCAGUCUACAAAGUCAGAUUCAGAGCAGCUCAGUCCGGCCAGCUCCAGCUCCAGUUCAGGCUUUGCUCCUACUCACCGCAAACGACAAGUGCUCGGCCCGCUGCAGUCCGUCAUGCAGGAUCUGCACUCGGACGAUAACGAGGAGGACUCAGAAGAUGAGGACGAUGAGACUCACUCGGACGCAGAGCGAGCGCCGCACACGCACCUCGCACCCCACCAACGCAGGAUCAGUUUGAGUGACGGCAGCGAGAGUGACAGCUCCUCCCCCUCACCGCCCUCCCGCAGUGAGGCCCCGCCCCUACUAAAGACAAUGAAUAACCAGAUAUUGGAAGUAAAGAGUCCCACCAAGCAGAGCAAACAGGACAAGAACAAAAAUCUAGAUUGUGACAAGGCUUACCUGGACGAGCUGGUGGAACUGCACAAACGCCUGAUGACGCUCCGAGAAGGUCACGUACUACAGCAGAUCGUGAACCUGAUCGAGGAGACGGGACACUUCCACAUCACCAACACCACCUUUGACUUUGACCUUUGCUCCUUGGACAGAAGCACAGUGAGGAAACUCCAGAGUUACCUGGACACCUGCGGACUGUCCUGAGGCUCAUCACUGAGCACAUCGGCACCACGUUUGGACCCGCCGUGGGUCCGGUUGCUGUCGGUCCCGCCUGCUGAUCGGACUGGAACCAGAACCUGGUGUUGAACCCCGUGGGUCAAGAGACAACCGCUUGCCUUGAAAACUUGAUUCCAAAAAUCAGACAAUGGACACGAUGACCUUGUGGCUCUUAAUGAAUGUGCAUAUUGCUGCCAUGUUUGUUUGUUUGUUUGUUUGUUUGCAUGGUCCACAGCGCCUUACCACAUUGUGAGUCUAAUUUAUUGAAUUUAAUAUUCUGUUCUGUGUGUGUGAGACACUGAAGAGGAAACGGCAGAAUGAGACUUUAUUGAAGCACUUCACAAAUCAGACUGAAUUAAAGAGAAAUGGACC